CUACCAUGGGACCGAGGCGCAUUCAGUUCCUUUCGUGCACACCGCAUUCCUUCGCGCUCUGCCUUCUUUGAGAUUGUGGCCGAGAAGACUGCGACUGCGACGGUGGGAAGCGACAUCAUCAUGGCCACUGUCACAGAGUACAACAAAACCGGCUCCCUUCGGACCGAGCAAGAGAAGCUUACAGAUUCCAGGGCACCUGCUGAUACCAUCAACUCCGAACCCGCGAGCUCUGAGAUGGAGGUUACACAAAAGCGGAAGGCGUCUAUAGGCUCCCUUGAUGCAGCGGAAGAAUCAUCAAAAAGGGCAAAAUUCGAUGAUGGCGAUCACGGCGACCCACCUGCACAGGAUUCGACACAAGACUCGAGGCCGCGCGACGAAGAUCCCCGGUCCAGUACGGCUCGACGAGCGCCUUUAUCAAGGGAUGAAGAGAAGAAGCGGGGUAAGCGGCUGUUCGGAGGUCUCCUGAGCACCCUCAGCCAGACCAACUCCAGCUCGCAGCACAAGAAGAGGAGGGAGAUUGAGCAGCGACAGCAGGAGAGGGCACAGAAACAGAGGGCAGAAGACGAAAAGAGACGGACAGAGAAGCUCGCGCGGAUCACCGAGGCGCGGCGGAAGGAGCAGAUCUUGUUUGACGAGAAAGUCAUGAAAACCCGACACGCCAAUAUGCUCGCAAAGGCACAAUCCCUCCGGACGAAAGCAGGACCGUCAAUUGUGCGUAUUGCAUGUUGCGCAAGGGGACAGCCAUCAGCUGACGUGUUGCAGUACUAUCGACCAUGGAAGCUUACCAAAGAACAAGAAGACGAGAUUGAUGACCAGGUGCAAGACGCCAAGAACACCAUCGCGAGAGAACUCGAAGCAUUCAAAGAUCGGAAAGAAGAACACGAGAGACGCCACGGUCGCAUCAGGCCGCCGACCACGGCCCAGGAGGAGCCUGUGCCAAUGGUCACAGAAGAACAACCAGCAGAGGCUCCGCCAGAGGUUUCUGCUGAAGCUCCCGCAGCUACCGACCACGCAGCUGCGUCUUCCGACAGAGACAGACAUGAGCGGGACACACACGACGAACCUGGUGAUGUCGUUGAAAACGACGAGGAUAUGGUUAUCUACUAAUGCCUGACAAAAGCGAGUGGUGUUUUCCCAUCUUUUCUUCCCCGGCGUUUCAUUGUAAAAGACGCCACAGCCGC